AUGGACCGCUCCCUUGACGAGAUCAUCGACGCCCGCCCUCGCGGCGGUGGUGGCAGACGAGGUCGCGGCGACAGACGACCAGCUCCAGCGAGAGCACCCCGUCGGGAGGAAUACCCCAGAGACGGCGUUCGAAAGUAUCGACGCGACGAGCCCGCAAACAUCGACUCCGACUGGGUGCACGACCGAUUCGAAGACGACCACUAUGAUCGCAUGAACAGACGACCACCCAUUGAUGACGACCGCGCACCACGAGGUGGCCAACAGAACGGCGCCCGACUCAAGGUCGACAACAUCCACUAUGAGUUGACCGAGGACGACUUACGUGAACUCUUUGAACGAAUUGGCCCCGUCGCAUCUGUUCGCCUGCUAUACGACCGCGCGGACCGGUCCCAGGGAACCGCAUUCGUCAUCUACGAGGACUACGCCGAUGCCCGUCAAGCAAUCCGCCAAUUCGAUGGAUGCAACGCCAACGAGCAGCCAAUUCGCAUCACCAUGAUGCCCAGCGGACCAGCUCCUUCAGCACCAAAGGUGUCACUGUUUGACCGGAUCGAGAAGCCACCACGUAGCUUGUUCGAGCGGAUUGAGGCUAGCAGAGACGACGGUGGCCCGCGUAGGGGUGGAAGGAGAGCAAGAAGCGACAGCCCACGCGGCGGUGGCACUUUGGCGCCACCAGAUGUCGACCGCUAUGUGCCUGGCCGCGCUUCUCGCUCGCCGAUUAGACGUCGUGGCACACCGCGCGAGGGUGGACGUCGCCCUGGCCAGAGGAGAGAGGAGGGUGGUGGUGGAAGAGGAGGCCGUCGUCCCCGUACAGAUGACGAGGGUCGACCGCUUGUCGGAGGACGACCCAGGAAGACAGCCGAGGAGCUCGAUGCUGAGAUGGCAGACUACUUUGGAGGCAAGGGUGAAGCAGCGGCUGGUAAUGGCGCUGCUGCAAACGAGACGAAUGGCGGUGGUGACAUUGACAUGGAUAUCUGA